AUGGAAACAUUGGAUGGCUUACCGGAUGAUCUCCGAGUUCCUGAAAGUAUACCGUUGACUAAACUGCUUCUUAAUAAGUUUCAACGUGAAGCUUCACAACUACCAAGUACAGCAUCCAAAUCUGAUAUCGAUUCUGACAUUGAAACAGUCAUUCGAGAUGUGGACACUUAUAUCGAUACUCUAGUCAAUGAGGAACGUUUAAGUGAAGCAAACUUUGACUACAUCGACACGUGUAUCCAAGUAGUGGAAAGGUUAUACGAAGCCUACCAGUUAAAAGUGGCCUACAUGAAGCUGACUAAGGCAGCAAUGGAUGAUAUAAGACAAGUAGCCAAUGAGGCGGCGGAUUUCAAUCUAAACAGCUUAAAACAGUUCCAGAAAAACCCUCCAUUGGGCUUUGACCUCACUUUGAACUCGUAUUAUAGCAGUAUUGUCACUGAAGAGUCCAUUACCAAAACGGUGAAUAAAGAACCUAAACUACAACGACUUCGGAAUAUUAGAUCGAUUCUUGAGAACCCAGAAGACCCAUUGCCUGACCAUGAUUCUCUUGAUGAUGAACUUGCCGUUAGUGGUGGGAAAGUGUCUUUAAAAGAUCCUCUUUCCUUACAGUUUUUGGAGAACCCUGUACGUUCAAGGAAGUGUGGUCAUACCUAUGAAAACCGUCCUAUUCUACUGCAACUAAGAAAUGGAGUAACCCAUUGUCCAAUUUCUGGGUGUCAUUUUGACUUACUUGUGAGUGACUUGGUCCCUGAUAGUCUUAUGAAACUCCGAGUCCAAGUAUUCAAGGCACGACAGCUUCAGAAAAGACGUCUAACGAAGUUGGAAACCGUCAUGUAA